AUGCCCAUAUCGGGAUCCCUGUAUCAAGCAGAAAUCAGCACCUCAGGCCCUCCUCCUUCCAAAAGAGCAGCCUCUCUUGUUCUGCCCAAGCCACAGUUCCUGGGGGAUAAAAGAACCUGUGGCAGCUUGAAGUUGAGGCCAGCAUCAAGGGUGCCCGCCCUGUCAGACAUGGCCUUGGAUGCCAGCUCUGAGAUCACCACCAAGGACUUAAAGGAGAAGAAGGAAAUUGUGGAAGAGUUAGAGAAUGGAAGAGAUGCACCUGCUAAUGGCAAUGCUAAUAAGGAAAAUGGGGAGCAGGAGGCUGACAAGGAGGUAGAUGGAAAAAAGGAAGAAGGAGGGGCAGAGGAGGAGGAAGGUGAUAAUGAGGAAGAGGAUGGAGAUGAAUAUGAGGAGACUGAGGCAGCUACAGGCAAACAGGCAGCUGAAGAUGACAAGGACGACGAUGUUGACACCAAGAAGCAGAAGACUGAUGAGGAUGACUAGACAGCAAAAAAGGAAAAGUUAAACUUAA